GAGAGUGAGAGUGAGAGAGAGUGUGUAUGCGAGUGUGUGUGUAUGUGCAUGUGUGUGUCAGCCGUACCCAUCAUGGCCCCUGAGCAGCAGCUGAUCAGACGGACCGCAGCUCCGCCAUCCUCCUCCAGCGAGCAGCGGCACCGGUGAAGAGGCUCCAUGUGUCCCCCAUCCUCGGUCAGAUUUCUGAGCAAGAGGGCCGCGCUCCAGCCGCCCAGCGCGAACAUGAAUAAGGAUUAUUCCAUUAAUCUAUCGGUGCAGCAAGUGCUCAGCCUGUGGGUCCAGGGCACGGUACCGACUCUACAGCACUUCACAGGUGCAGCAGUGGCAGGUGUGUACCGUGUGGCAGGGAAGGACAUGGCUCCUCUUGAAGCUCUGGUGUUUGGGGUGGGCCAGACCACUUUCACCGUCAUCAUCUCAUUCUCACGGAUCUUGGCCACUCUUUAAAUGGACUGAAAGCAUCAUUGACUGACACACCCAACAGCCAAUCGGCCGGCAGAAGAGCCGGGGUCGAGGUGAGUGGGGUUUAACCACAGAGGUUUGGCCUGCGGUACAAAACGAUGAGCUUUAGGAGUCACUAAUGGCCAAUGGACCACUAUAUGAAACCCUCUGGAAUGGCAGUCUUGGAGAUUUGAACAUUUCAAGAAGCAAAAACAGCAUUAUAGGCCAAUGACUCAAUCAACAUGCCAACUGCCUCGGUGGAGGAUUGAGAUGAAUCUUCGGAUGUCUGUUUGUCUUUGUUAAACAUUUGUUUUGUUUUUGCACAUGGAUCGCUUCAGCUUUAUGGAAACUGGGUGGUUUUGGAGCCGUAGCUGGGCUGUAACGCCAAGAUGGAUGCAUCGAAAACAUCCUCCAAUAAUUUGACUGUCAAUAUGUCUGUCUGUCCUCAAACAUUUUCUAAUUCUACUCUGCUGAAUGGCCUGAAACAUUCCUGUUUGUAUUAUUAUAGAUUUUCCCUCUGGUCCAGCAGUAUUACCACAUCCAGUUUUCUUCUUCCACUUUGCACUUUCUGCAUUUUGAAAACUGUCUAAAAGGUGUAAGAUCUGUAGAAGGUAUGCUGGGAUGCAGUAUGGACAUUAAUUCAAAGAAGGUUUAGGUGUAAUCUGGUCUCUUUUAACCAAUAUAAAUGUAUCCAUAAUG